UAUCCAGUGCUAAUAAAAAAUCUAUUGAACAAAAUAGAAUAUAUAUAAAAACUAUAACUGACAUAGUACUAUACUUAUCCCGUCAAGGGAUGGCCUUUAGAGAGCAUGACGAAAAUAUAUCAUCGAACAAUCAAGGUAAAAAUUCUAUUAAUUGUAUAAAUUUGUUUUAUAGUGUAUUAUGUUUUAUACAAUUUUAAGGAAACUUUAAAGAGGCUUGUAAACUUUUUGCAAAGUAUAAUCCUGAAUUUUUCAUCAUGCAUAAUAAAACAACUAAUUUUACAAGUUGGUAUAUUCAAAAUGAUAUUGCCAAAAUUUGUGCCACAAUAUCAGAGAUAUAAUUGUCAAUGAAAUCAAAGAAAGUAAUAUGUAUGCUAUCAUGUGUGAUGAAGCCAGGUGUUUCAAAGAAGAACAAUUGACAUUUUGUGUCUGAUAUCCGAAGGGUUUAACUGUUAAUGAAAGGUUCCUUGGAUUUAUUGAUGUAUCAGAAAGUCAAAAAGCUGAGGCUAUAGCUUCUAAAAUUUUUUAAUUUAUUGAUUCAUUAAAUUUGAAUUCGAUUCCUAUUAUUGCUCAAUCAUAUGAUGGCGCAGCUGUAAUGUCUGGAUGUAACAAUGGUCUACAGACAAAAAUAAAACAAAAGCACCCAGAAGCCAUUUAUGUACACUGCAUGGCUCACAAGCUAAACCUUGUUGUAGUUGAUACUUGUAAUUAUAUUAAGGUAACUACUAUUUUUAAAUAACAUACUUCAAAAAUAAUAAUUAUUAUACCAAAUGUAUAUGAAGUAUAUAUUGACUAUAGUAAAUAAUACUUUUGUUUUCGAAGUUGUCAGUCAAUAAUCAAUAAUUUUGAAGCAAUAAUUCAAAUUAUACUAGAAGAAAUUGACAUAAAUCAUAAUAAAAAUGUAGAUCAGGCAGUUGGUAUGCAUAAAUAUUCCAUGAAUAUUUAAUAAUUUAUUUUGUAUAGUGGGGGUUAUAAAUUAUAUAUUAGUUAAUUUUUGUAUAUUAUAUUUUCUUAUCAAAAUAUUUUGUUUUUAGGUAUUGUGUCCUCAUUACAAAAUGGACCAUUUAUUAUUUAUCUGUUGAUACUGUAUAAAGUUUUAGUUAUUAUCAAUGUGUUAAGUAAUCAACACCAGCAAAAAUCUGCUACACUUGGAAGUACUGCUACAAUAGUUCAAGGAGUUAUUAAAACAUUUGAACAUAAGCGAAGUGCAGAAGAAUUUUCCAAAUUAUGGUUAGAGAUACAAGGCUUUGGAGAUAAACAUAAAAUUUCAUUGGCUAUUCCAUUACAAGGUAUCCAUAACUGAUUAUAUUUUUUAAAUGAUUUAACUCAAGACACAAAUAUUAUUUUACAGGAUCAAAAAGGAAAAAAAACUUACCAAAUUCAUUAGAAAAUUUCCACGUAACAUCUACUAGUUUUGAUUUUACAAAUACAAAUUUUGGAAACUGUUCUGUUGAAGAAUAUUGGCUCAUUAAUGGAUAUUAUAGAGUACUAGAUAGUUUAAUUGUAAACAUGAAUGACAGAUUUUCUGAAGAAAGCUUAAAAUUAGCAGUUGCAGUUGACAAAUUGAUUAAGUUAGACUUUGAAAAUAGUAUGGAUUUUUUUGAUCACUAUUUGAAACUAACAAGGUGUUGUAAAAAAUCAUUAGAAGCAGAGAUAGUUGUAGCUAAAUCUUGCCUUUUAAAAAAAAAUGCAAACUUUGAUUUAACAGAUAUGGUUGAACUCAUUACUCCAUCAGUAUAUCCUAAUCUAUUCAAAUACCUGCAACUCGCAAUAACAAUACCAAUAAGUUCAGCAACUUGCGAACGAUCUUUUAGUGCCAUGAGAAGAGUGAAAACGUGGUUGAGGACAACUAUGGAACAGACUCGAUUUUCAAGUCUAUCAGUUUUACACAUUGAAAGGGAUUUAUCCAAUAAUAUAAAUGUAGAAGAUAUUGUAAAUGUAUUUGCCGAAAAAGAAAGACGUAUUUUAUUAAAAUAAUAAUAUAAAUAAAUAAAUAUAUAUAUAUAUAUAUAUAUAUUAAAAUUUAAUAUUUUGUACUUGUAUAUUGACAAUUAUAGUUGUGAACUGGGCGGAUAUGGGGGGGGGUAAUGUUUUUACUGAAAUUAUGGGAGAGACUUAAGUCCCCCCAAAAAAUUAAAGCUAUUUGCGCCUAUGAGGUACU